AUGGGUAGUUGGGGCACCUCUGCCGAACGACGUGCCGAUAGAAUGCCGAAAAUGCAUGUCCAGGCUACGGGUGUUCAGCGCGAAGACCAAGCGGACAACGAUGUCGUGAGAAACGCAAUGAUGAAUGAUCUAGGCACCAUUCGAAUAGAUGAGCUGCCGUUGGAUAACACCCGCCGCGAACGGUACAUAGCACAACCCUCUCGCCAUCGGCCUGUCAUCACAGAGCGGUCUGAAGCUCUCAACGGAUACCUAGCGCUAGCAGUGAAUGGACUGAAUGAUUCAGAAGCUUUGGCUGUGAAAGACCUUGAUGACUUGGGUGGGCCAAGUGUUUAUAGACCCCCUGGAGGCCCUUCCAAGAAGUAUACAGAGAGUCGACGCCCAAAUGAUACGGCUCUCCAAGGCAUGCAAACAAGUCGAAAUGGUAUACUCCUUCCUCUUGGAGCUGAGGUACGCCGAUUUCCCACACUCACGGAUGCAGAUGGACAUAGUCUAGAUGCUGGAGUCGCCGGUGGGGAGGCCCCUAUAGUCUCUCCUCCUGCAAAAGAUGUCCCCAAAGCAUGCAAAGCUACGACCGCUAAUUUUGUCGCUCCUAAGAAAAAGGAUGCCACCCAAAUCAAUGGUCCCCUUAUUCAAAAGGUUUCAAACCCUGACGCAAGUCUGGCUCCUCACUUGAGGAAUAGGAACUUUGCAAACCAGCAUCCGGCUAGUAUUCUCUCCCAGGAUACAGAGGGAACCCCUCGUACGGCUGCGUCUCAUGUGGCUACGAAUACUUUAACAGAGCCCUCGACUGUGCAGUUUGGCGACCGGCUCAUCUGGCGUGGACCUUGCAAGACGGUCAUUCCUGGAAAGGGUCAGGAAUUUCGGGACGUAUACAUUGAAUUGAAGCUCGUGAGUUCAGUGGAUUGUCCUCAGGGCGAGGCGGUUUUCAUCCUCAUCCACCAGCAAUGCCCCAUCAAGCGUCACAGCCUUGAAGGCUACUCGAUCGUCUUCCACAAAAACCAGCAAUGCAUCGUCAAAUCCGUCUCCGCAAAUAUAAAGGACGCUCAGGAGAUUCGGUACAACUUAAAAUUUUCCACCAUUGAGGACUCACAGAAGUUUGCUGAUGGGGCUGAAAAGCUUCAGCGAGUGAUGAAGUAUCUCAAUGACACAGCAAUCACAAUCGUCAACGAAGCGGAGGACACCUACAAGAACAGGAGCCAAGAAUCGAAUCCGCCGAAAAAGUCCGCAGAAGUACUUGAGAGCCCCGAAAUAAUGUCUACAGCCGUCUCAUCAGAAAUUCAAAAUCUUCCUCCCCUCCAGACUGGCGCCGGCGAAGAGUCAUCCAACAUAAUCGCAGACAUUGCAGAUGCUUUUGGCAAACUAUCGUUGGAUAAAGUCAAAACCUCUCCCAUGUAUCAGCCGGAUCGUAGGGGCCCAGAGCCUCUGGUUCAAUACACUGCUGAAGAGCUUCUCAAACGUCGCGCUUCUGCUGAAGCACCCCCUGGAAUACAAUAUGUCAAGAUUCCUCUAUUGAAGAGCCACAACCGGGUGCCUCCUCAUCUACAACAGAACAACCAGAAGCUAAAGGCUUCUAGCUUGAACGCUACACAAGCGUCUGCUCAGUCUUGCCAGAAUUGGCUAACUGGCAAUAAAACCCCAAAGGUGAAGACAGACGAGACCGACUCGUUCGGGCAAAAGGUUGCUGCUCCUCUUAUUGAGGAUCCCAACAGCCAUGUCCCGGUUAACUCCAUAUCUGAGGUGGACCAGCAAAUAUCCACCGAAAACACAGGCAGAGACUUAACGACAACUAAGGAAGAUUUCAAGCUUGUCACAGAGAGCGAUGUAGUUGGCGAGUCUGAAGACACAACAGCUGAUUCUGCCGUUUUGAUUGAAGAACAAACCAAACCCAGUGCUAAUCGCGAGGAGAACGAACCAAGCAUUGGCCACCAGGUUGAAACUCUGGUUUCUAACACUGCUCAGGCUGUCCAGCAAAAGGCAACCGUACCACAGACAUAUGAAGCAACUCCUCCGAUGUUUGAAAACCCCUUACUUAGUCAAGCUCAGAACGUUCAGGUUUUUGGCGGUCAAGGCCUGCCAUCUCAAGAAAGCACUCCCCAGAUAACCUGCCAGUCCCCGAUAGUUGCUCAGCAGCUAGUGCCUGGUAUCCAGCACUUCUGUCCGACAGGCACCGUGCAUGCAAUCAGUGUCACUUACCACAUAAGCUAUGGAGAUAAUUCUGAACUGGGUCAGCCUCAAGUUGGACAACUUGCCGUUCCUGCUGUCCAUCAGACCAACGCUAGCCAUCUAAGCAAUAGGAUGGUGUUUUCACCAACGGCACAGCCGUUUCAAUCGACAACCCGGCCUCUGGCCCAUCCUCAGUCUUCUUCUCCAGCAGCAACUCGUAUCCGCCGAGGGCUCGGAAGUUCAAUCUUCGCAACAGGACAUUGCGACGUGAAACACGCAGGUAAUUUCACAGGAGGUACAGCAUUUCAGUAA